ACAAGGAAAAAGAGAGGGUGAGAGAGAGAGAGAGAGAGAGAGAUAAAGAAGGAAGAAGAAGAGGAAGAAGAAAAAUAGAAAAUAAAGAUAUUAAUUUUUCAUCUCAUCGAAGUGAAAUAGAAAGAAGAAGGUGUAACUAACAACGACUUGGGUUAAGCAAGUUUAUUCUGUGAAAAAUGGAGGCAGAAAAGAACGGUACUAUGGAGAAGGAAAAGAAUGAGGGUGGAAAUGAGGUGGCAACUUCGGUAAACAUUACGAACGAAGUUGCGAAUAUGAAGCUCGAUGACGUUACAGCUAAUUCGGGAAAUUCGACGCCAGGUAGUCCAGCUGCCAGUUCACCAGCCGGUAGCUUUUUGACGAAUUUUAAAGCUUUCUCGAAAUUUGGUGAUCCUAAGAGUGAUGGAAAAUUGAUAACACUUAGCCAAAGUGAUAAAUGGAUGAAACAGGCCAAAGUGAUUGAUGGAAAGAAGAUUACAACAACGGACACCGGGAUCUAUUUUAAGAAACACAAGUCAAUGAAACUUGGUAUCGAUCAGUACAAAUCAUUCCUCGAGGAACUCGCUAAAAGUAAGAAGGUUGAUUUCGUUGAAAUGAAAAACAAGAUGGCGAAUUGUGGUGCACCAGGUGUUACAGUAGGUGCAUCCGGGACUAAGAAGUCUUCAAGAGUGGUCACCUUUAAUAUUAUCAAUAAAAACGACUUGCAGGCUGGUAAAGCAGCAUCUACGGUGGAUCGUUUGACGGAUGUUACUAAAUACACUGGUUCUCAUAAGCAACGUUUCGACGAGAGUGGUAAGGGUAAGGGUAUAGCUGGUCGAAAGGAUUUACCCGAUCAAUCGGGAUAUGUCCAAGGUUAUCAAAACAAGGACACUUAUAAUAAAGGUCACUAGCCCGAUCUAUACGAUCUAAAAAAAAAAGAGGCUUAUUUUAUCAUCUCUUAAUAAUACGUACACACUGUCUACCCGUCCAGGCAGUUAUAACACGCACCUAAAAAAAAAACGCUUCCUUUAUCUUAAAUUAUCGUACAUAGGAAACGUUUCAUUUUUUGAUAUUCGCGUAACUGCGUAAAUUAAAAUACACGGAAGGGUGAAUCAAUGGAUUGCUAGAUGCUUCCUCAUGGUUGUAUCAUAUAUUCAUCGUUCUUCGAUCAUUAUUCAAUAAUUAAAUUAUAAUAUAAUUGUUUGAUACAAUUAUAAUGUUAUAUUAUUAUUUUCUUUUACGAUCUCGUGGAUUUUAUUUGUUCGAACUAAACGAAUACGUUGAUUUCUCUGUGUGUUUUUGAUAUAAUCUUUUUUUAUUCCAUUUGAUUUUUCUUUUCUUUUAUUUUUUUGAUAAAAUGAGAGACGAAGAGGGAGAGAGAGAAAGAGAGAGAGAGAGAGAGAGAGAGAGAGAGAGAGAGAGAGAGAGAGAGAGAGAGAGGAAAUUAGAGGUCGAAGAACGAGAGAAACGUACGACCUGACGUCACCGUUGAUCGUCAAGAUCCUGGAUGAUCUUGAUAUAACGAUCUCGAUAAAUACAUACAUAAAUACAUACGUAAAUACAUAUAUGCCACUAUUUGGUAAUAAUAAUGGUGGUAAUAAUAGUACCAUAACAUUUUCUGUUAAAUCUAUUAAAUCUAUGGGAGUGGUUUAAAUUCACUUGAGUACCUAAUUAAGGAACGAACCCGUUCAAUAUAUACGUAUAUAUAUAUAUAUAUAUAUAUAUAUAUUCUCGAAAUGAGAGACUUUUGUAAUGCUGGAUCGAUACGAUUGUCUUUUGAAGUAAGUAAGUAAUUAAGUAAAUAAGUACAUGAAUAAGUAAGUAAGUAAAUAAGUAAUCAAGUAAGUACUUAAAUACUUAUUUAAUACCAAGUGAAGAUAAUCAGUACCAAUACCCAUAUAUAUACGUAUAUAUAUAUAUAUAUAUAUAUAUAUAUAUAUAUAUAUAUAUAUGCACUUUAAUAACGAAUAUAAUGUCGACCACGCGUUAAUCGAUUUUAUAUUUUAACAAUAUUCGAUAUACAUAUUUUUUUUCUCUCUCUUUUUUUUUUUUUUACUUUUGCCAAUGACGGGGGGGGGGAGAGAGUUCAGUGCUGUAUGAGCGGCGAAGAUAAAUAAAAGAUUGAUAGCUACGAUAAAUAUACAAUUCUAGCAAAAGAUACGAAUCUUCGAUUCGCCGAUAAUUAUUAUAUUUUUCCUUGUGCGAAAAUAUUAAAAGAAAAAAUGAAAAAAGAAAAAAAAGAUAAUAAAAACAGAAUACAAAAGGAAAAAAAGACAAAAAAUAUACAUAUAUACACCUGUAUACAUAUAUAUAUAUAUAUAUAUUAUAUACAUGUAUUUUCAGAAAAAUCGUAAUAUUCGGAUUUUCGCAAUUUUACUGCUUUGGUAAUGUUCAGGGGUUCUUUACCGCCAAAAAAAAAGGGGAGUAACGAACGUAAAAAAAAAAGAAGAAAAGAAAAAAUAAUAAAAAACAAAAAAAAAGCAAAAAAUAAUGAAAAAAGAAAAAAAAACAAUAAAAAAAUAUAUAAAUAAAGAAAAGAAAAUACGAAACAAACCAAGAACGAAAAAGACGAUGCUGAUGCAACAAUAAAAGAUUUGUGAUAUAGCUUUUCUUUUUUUUUUCUUUCUCUUUCUUUUCUUUUUUUUUUCUUUUUUUUUUAAUUUUUUAAGAAGAAUCUCGACGAGUGAUCGCGAACGAACGAAUGGUUAAGAAGGAAAAAGAGAGAGGAUGAAAGGGACGAAGAAAAGGACAAGGAAAUGAACUUAAUAAUAAUGCCGUUAAACUUUUGCGCAUACAAAUUAAUCGAAAAGUAUUUGAAGUGUACUUAAAAAUAAUAAUAAUAAUAAUAAUAAUAAUAAUAAUAAUAAUAAUAAUAAUAAAAAAAAGAAAGAAAAAAUAAAACAGAAAAAACUAAGUAAUUGUACUUGUCGACAUAAUUGCCUCAGAUGCGAGACCAAACGCAUAUUUAACAUAGAUACUACGUUCAAUUGUAAAAAGUGUGUUAUUUGUAGUACGCUUAUAUAUUUGAAUGUCAUUACAUAUAUAAGAAUUUAUAUAUAUAUAUAUAUAUAUAUAUAUAUAUAUAUAUAUAAAAUUUUCAUUCGUAAAGCGUGCGUAACGUAAAUGCAAUAACGAAUUUAUUUUAUACAUUAUUAACAAAUACCGAUAUAUUCGAAACAUAUUUUUCUCCGAUAUUAUGAUAUUUCUAUUUCUAUUUUUUAUUCCAAAAAAAAAGAAAAAAGAAAAAAAAAAAAGAAAAAAAAAAUGAAAAGAAAAGUGAAAUAUGGUCGAAGGUUUUAAAUUUUAGUUACUUUUUUUUUUUUGAUUUCUAUUCUUUCGUUUUUUUUCCCCACACUUAAAACGUAAGAUACGGAUAUAUUUUUUUUUGUUUCCUUUUUUACGAUCAUUCGCAUUUAUUAUAAUAAUAAUAAUAAUAAUAAUAAUUAUUAUUAUUAUUAUAUACGAUCUUUCGCGCACGCUUAAUGUAUACGAAUACUUUUUAAAAUAAUGUAUUAUGUAUUCACAUUGUCGUCAAUGGAAUAUAACUAUACAUGGAAUUAAUGGAUUUUUCAUCAUUUGAAAAAGAAAAGGAAAGACAAAGGAAAAAAAAGGGAAGAAUAAGAAAAAAAAAAAAAAAGAAGAAAGAAAAAAAAACCGAUGAAAAAUGAAAAAUGUUCGUUUAUUUGACACCUUCUUUCUUUAUGGUAAUAGGUCAAUAACAUCUUCUUAUGUUUCUCUUUA